GGCGCGGCGUCAGCCCGCCUCUAAGAUGGCGCCGGAUGGAGGGCGCUGAUUGCUCGAGGCGCCGCCGUUCACUUCCGGCAGCCGAGCGGGGCCGAAGGGGAGGGGGCGGCCAUGGGACGGCGACACCGGCGGGGCCGGGCCGGGGCCUCUGUGAGGCAGCCUGAGAACCUGGACUUGACAAGUGACAUCCUGAUAUCUGGGAGCAUCAGAGACUCAGAAUGACCAGGGAGAAGCUGCUGUGGUUGCCAGUCCGUCUUCCUGCGUCUUCAUUAAAAGAUGCCAACGCUUCCAGUCUAGGCAACUGGGAUAGCACGGCUGAGCCUGGACCUCCGCUGUUCUUCUGAAGUAGAUCCAGAGCGUACCCCCUGUCCUGCCUCACUCCAAGGAGUCAUGGAGGACAAACGCAACAUCCCCAUCAUUGAGUGGGAGCACCUGGACAAAAGGAAAUUCUACGUCUUUGGGAUUUGCAUGACUAUGAUGAUCCGGGUGAGCGUUUACCCUUUCACGCUCAUUCGGACGCGGUUGCAGGUUCAGAAGGGCAAGAGCCUGUACAAAGGGACUUUUGAUGCCUUUGUGAAAAUCCUGCGGACAGAAGGGACGGUUGGGCUCUACCGUGGCUUCUUGGUCAACACCUUCACCCUGAUCUCUGGGCAGUGCUACGUGACGACAUACGAGCUCACUCGGAAGUACGUCUCGCGCUACAACAACAACAACGCCGUGAAGUCGCUGGUGGCAGGCGGCUCAGCCUCCCUAGUGGCCCAGAGCAUCACGGUGCCCAUUGACGUCAUCUCCCAGCACCUCAUGAUGCAGAGGAAAGGAGAAAGCAUGGGCAGGUUUAAGGUACAGAACCAAGACGGCAAGCGGGUGUUGGUCUUUGGCCAAACCAAGGACAUCAUUGUGCAGAUCUUCAAGGCCGAUGGCUUCAGAGGCUUCUACAGGGGCUACGUGGCCUCGCUGCUCACCUAUAUCCCCAACAGUGCAGUCUGGUGGCCCUUCUACCACUUCUAUGCUGAACAGCUUUCCAGCCUGACUCCUAAAGACUGCCCGCAUCUCCUCCUUCAAGCUAUAUCGGGGCCGCUUGCAGCCGCAACAGCUUCCACACUCACCAACCCGAUGGAUGUGGUCAGGGCUCGGGUUCAGGUGGAAGGCAAGAGCUCCAUCAUCCUCACCUUCAAACAGCUCGUGGCGGAGGAGGGUCCCUGGGGCCUGACCAAAGGCCUUUCCGCCCGCAUCAUCUCAGCCACUCCUUCCACCAUUGUCAUCGUGGUGGGCUAUGAAACCCUGAAGAAGCUGAGCCUCCGCCCAGAGCUGGUGGAUUCAAGACACUGGUAGAAGCAGCUGGUGGAAGAGAACCCUUCCUCUCAACCUGCUACAUCUGGACCUUGACGGUUAACAGCUUGGAGGAGAGGCAGCCACCGGUUCCUUUCUCUCUGGCUGGUUUCACAGCACGAGGCAGAAGCGAGAGCGACUGCAAUUCACCUCUAUGAUUCGAUUUAACACAGAGUUCUGCUACUGUCUCUGCUUAAAACGAUCAAACUGUGACCCUCGGCAACACCGUUUGCCUGUGACCUUUCAUUCAAGAGCCCGGGUGUGCAAACACAUCUUGGCAAGUUCCUAAUUCCCUUUUUUUUAAAUUAAAGACUCGCUGGCUGAAGCAAAAAGCCAGUUUAUUCUUUAAAUUAUUUUAGUCUUUGCCAAACUUCCCAGGAGGGGAAGGGCAGGGUGGAUCGGGUGCUCACUGCAGCUGAGCCACGGGCAGCUGGAAGAACAGAAUAGACGAGUGAAUUCCUCCAGUCACCCACAUUUAUUUCUAGAAGCUGUGAGACGAGAGUAACCUGGAACCACUCUUAAGACCUUAUUUACCGUGUUUUGAGUAGAUCUGUACAUACCUUAUCUGUAUGUUCUUGGAAAACGUUUCCUGUCUCUCAUCCUUCAAACAGCGAGCUGGCUGAUGGGAGCCGAGCUGGCUGUUUGUAAUUAGCUGAUGGCAAUUUUGACACCUAACCUAUGUUUUUAAUCCAUUGUUAUUUAAUUUUUUUAAUGUAGGGAAGCUUAUUCUGAUUUCUGGGGGGGGGCUGAGCAGUUGUGCUGUGGCCUUGUUCAAUGUGAGUGUCCGUCCUGCAUGUUCAGGGUGGCUGCUGCCACUUCCCAACUUUAGUUUAAGCACAAACGGAGGCGGAAUUUGGAAGUGUCAGAUUGCCAAGAUGAGAACCGGCGUGAUUUAAGCUACAGCUGGAUGUGAGGUGGGGAAGAAAAAGCUUGGACUGGCUUUUGAUCCAGUUCAAACCCGACUGGUGUGUUCAUAUUGAAUAAGAAGUAAUAGUUUGCUGAUACUGUGUAAGUUUAAAUCCUGCUUAUCCUGUUUGGGAAGGGCAAGGACGGUUCUUUGCACACUCUGCUGGAUCCAAAACCUUAAGCCAUGCUCUGUGUUCGUUACCAGAUGCAAACGAGCAGUCGAGCAGUGAAGCGAGAGGCUGCUCCUCGGGGAGGGAGGAUGCAGGGGUUGCUUGACUUGGCUCUGCGGGUCCCGGUGUUUGAGAUUUGCCUCUCGUGCUGCCAGCCCACGCGUGGUGCCCGCCCCAGUGCGCUGGGUAUCCGGGGCUGAGGAUAAAUAAAUAACAGCU